ACUCCCCCAACUUCGUGACCGUUACGCGCAGAACAGCCCCACCCAAUAAUCCCAUUUUCCUUACACAGAGGAACCGCCACAUCGCUUCCCUCUUCUUCCCCCCUUCACUCCCCACUCCCACACCACCACCCAUUCCGUAAGCAAACCCUAACACUGAGAGCGUUGCUGUUAGGCCGAUCGAUCGAUCGAUUGCCUUCUCUUUAGUCUUUUUUUUCUCCGAUUUCUUUGCGAUUUUCUCUUCGAAUUUCUUGGGUUCCUUCCAUGAUACCGCUGCCGUUUUUCUUCAUUUCGAGAGACUAGGGAGCAACGCAGAUGCAGGAGAUUUUCGGUUCGAUUCGAAGGUCUCUCGUCUUCCCGACCGCGUCGACUGCAGCCGACGACGACGGAGGACUCAUGAGAGGAAUCAGAAACUGCGUGAGGCGGUCGCGGAUCGGAUUGCUCCAGAGAUCCCCACCACAGCUGCCACCGCCGCGGCCUCUUACUGAGGAUGCCGCUCCUCCAAUCCGGUGGCGCAAGGGAGAGACUAUUGGGUGUGGAGCGUAUGGGCGUGUCUACAUGGGGAUGAACCUUGAUUCCGGGGAGCUUCUGGCCGUCAAGCAGGUCCUGAUCGCGGCCAAUAAUGUUUCCAAAGAGAAAGCGCAGGCUCAUAUUCGGGAACUGGAGGAAGAAGUUAAGCUUCUGAAGAAUCUUUCCCAUAAGAACAUAGUGCGCUACCUAGGUACUGCUAGGGAGGACGAAGCUUUAAAUAUUCUUAUGGAAUUUGUUCCGGGUGGAUCCAUCUCAUCACUGCUCGGAAAAUUUGGCUCCUUUCCAGAACCUGUUAUAAGAAUGUACACGAAGCAACUCCUUCAGGGGCUGGAGUAUCUCCACAGAAAAGGAGUCAUCCAUAGGGACAUCAAGGGGGCCAAUAUUCUAGUUGAUAACAAAGGUUGCAUCAAGCUUGCCGAUUUUGGUGCUUCCAAGCAAGUAGUCGAGCUGGCAACCAUAUCAGGUGCCAAGUCAAUGAAAGGUACUCCAUACUGGAUGGCUCCGGAAGUUAUUCUUCAGACUGGGCAUGGCUUCUCUGCUGAUAUAUGGAGUGUUGGAUGUACUGUCAUUGAGAUGGCAACAGGGAAGCCUCCAUGGAGUGAAAAGUAUCAAGAGGUGGCUGCAUUGUUUCACAUUGGGACAACUAAGUCGCAUCCACCCAUCCCUGAGCACCUUUCUCUAGAGGCACAGGAUUUUCUGCUUAAAUGUUUGCAAAAGGAACCAAACUUGAGGCCUUCUGCUUCUGAUUUAUUACAGCACCCAUUUGUUGUAGGUGAAUGUCAAGAUGUUCAUCCUUUUGCUCGUUCAUCUGUUAUGGAACAAUCCAUGAACUUCUUGCGGCAGUCAAGUUCAUUUUUGAAAAACUCAUUCAACCUGAUGAACAGGUCGAGCAUUAGUAGCAUCCAAGAUGUCCCAAAUCUCGGCAGUGUUAGGUGCUCCACUGUAUAUCCGGAGAGAAAAUCUCGAACAAGUUCCAUUUGGCAGACAAGAACAAGUGAUGAUUUGUGCCGAUUAGGUGAUGAAGACGAAGAUGUGUCAGUAAGGCUUGAUCCUGUUCCAGCAGAUCAUCUUACAAGGAGCUUCAAUCCCAUGUCAGAGCCAUUGGAUGAUUGGCGGGAUGAUGUCAGCAAGUCUACGAAAGGAACUUCUAGUAGACCUGGAGUGGCUGCUGAUGUUGAGAAUGAAGUAGAUAAUUUCAGCUUUCCUUGUGGUCAGCUAGCAUAUGAGGAUGACGAAGAAGUCACAGAAUCUAAAAUAAGAGCUUUCCUAGAUGAGAAGGCCUUGGAACUGAAGAAAUUGCAGACACCUUUGUAUGAACAAUUCUAUAAUACCAUGAAUACUGUUUCUCCAGCAACUGAUGGAGCUGGAAAUGAAAUAAGUGCAAGCACUUGGAGUUUGCCUCCCAAGAGCAGAUCGCCCAGCAAGGUGAUGAGAAGGGAAUCGGUGGUAAGAGGAGACAGUCCAAGGGGUGCUACAAGCCCUGCAAGCUGCAGUCGUCGCAUUUCAACCAGUGGAAACUGUCAUAGCAGCACUCCUUUAUGGGAGGUUCCUCCCUCAAGGCUGAACGAGGGAAUAUCUAUAACUCAAGCUGGGCAGCAGGGACCAGCCAUUCCUAGCUGUUCCGAGCAGCAGAGGUUGUGGAAGGAGGAGUUGGACAGGGAGCUAGAGAGAGAACGAGAAAGGAAGAAGCGUUUGGCAGCUAAUGGCAGGAAAACAUCUUCUCCAAGGGAGAUUAUUCUGAACCGUCAAAGAGAUCACUCAGGGGCACUUACAUCUCCAUGAAAAAUAACGAGGGGGCUUGACCUCUUCUUCCUACUUCCUAUAACAACAGGCUCAGACAUUAUUGUGGAGUGAUGAACGUGGGAGCUGUUCUCACCGGUAGUUUUGGCAAACGGUGGCACAGCAUCUUAUGCCUUGUGUUUGCUUCUUCAUCCGCCAAAUAGCAAAAGUUAUGUGCAUCAAUCUCCUGAAAUUUUAAAAUCUAUUGUGUGGGCAGAGCCCUUAAUGUCAGAUAGCAAGCACUGCAGUGCUCAAAGGUUUUCUGCACAAUUAUCUCUUGUAAUAUCUUCAAACAUCUUAUAUGUCUAAAAGGUUUGAGAGUUUUUCUUUA